UCCUCUGUUUGCCAGCCUCACUCAUUCUCCGCCUAAUCAAACACGCCCACAAAGCUUCUUCAGGACUGGGAAUUCAUGGCUUCCUUCUCUCAGUCUCAUAAAAGAAAGCCCACAUCUCCGUUAGUGGUGUUUCCCUUUGCAUUUCUCCUGAUCAUUCUCUCAUCCUCUGCCUAUAGCGACGACACGCUAUCAGCAUACGAGAUGCUUCAACUAUAUGACUUCCCAAUUGGCCUUCUUCCCAAAGGAGUAACAGGCUACGAGCUAGACAGGGACACCGGCAAUUUCAAGGCGUAUUUCAACGGAACCUGCAGCUUCUCCAUUGAAAACUCGUAUCAGCUCAGGUACAGAUCCACCAUAACUGGUGUUUUGUCCAAAGACAGGCUCAAAAAUUUGAAGGGCGUGAGUGUGAAGGUGCUCUUCUUCUGGAUCGACAUAGUGGAAGUGGUUCGAAAUGGCGAUGAGCUACAAUUCUCCGUGGGGAUUGCUUCAGCCGACUUUUCAAUCGACAACUUUGAGGAGAGCCCGCAGUGUGGCUGUGGAUUUGCUUGUCAACAGUUGGUGAGUAGCGCCGUGCCAUCACAUUCGGUGAGAGCACUCAUGAAGUCUAACUAACUAUAUGCAGAAGUGAGUUAGGCCAGUUGCCGAGGACAGUAAGCCCAUCGCGUGCACCACCUAAGUUCUGAGUCCCCAUCCCCCUUAGAUUAAAAGGGGGCUUUGCAAAUAGAGCAUUAGAGCUAGCCCUCUCUAUAUAAGAUCUGCUUUGUUGUGUGCAAUUUAUAUAUGUAUUAUGUAGGCACAAACGAAUCAAAUGGAAUAUUCUUUGUUUUGUCUCUCAAAUUUCUCUAUAUAUAUGUUCCAACUUCCAUCUACCGUUUAGAGCCUGCAUAACCAAACAGUCAAAACUUCAUCAACAAUGUCUCCAAAGGAAACACUGCUCUGGCUAUCUCUCUUCCUUCUGGUCUCCUUCCCAAUCCCAUCUGCAUCUGUCAACGACGAGCUGACAGUUUACGAAGUCCUGGAAGAGUAUGACUUCCCAGUUGGCAUUCUUCCCAAAGGCGCAUUGGGCUAUGAACUAGACAACUCCACAGGUAAGUUCUCAGUCUACUUGAAUGGCACUUGUUCCUUUUCCAUUGACUCCUAUAAGUUGAAGUACAAGUCCACCAUAACCGGUGUGAUUACGGAUGACAAGAUCUCGAGCUUGAGUGGCAUCGAAGUGAAGGUGCUCUUUUUUUGGCUGAGCAUCGUCAAGGUGAUUCGUGACGACGAUAAGCUCGAGUUCUCUGUGGGCAUCGCCUCCGCGGACUUUCCAGUCGGCAAUUUCGUUGAGAGCCCAACCUGUGGUUGCGGUUUUGAUUGUGUUAAUGGGAAGGGAAGGAAGAUUAAGAUCAAUAAUUUAGUGUCCUCGGCUUAAUUAAGUUAGUUUUCAAUUUUUCAUUGCCUAAAUGCAGUAUAGACAUGGCAUUAUGUUAGUAUCCAACGUUCAUUACUAUAUGAUCUGAGAAUAAAUGUACAAUACCAUUGUAAUAUAUGACGGAUUUUCAUAA